GCGGUGAGGGGAGGCCGCUCCAUGGCCUCCUCAUGUCCCCCCUGAGGGCCGCGGGGUCCCGCAGGGCUCGGCCCCGCUCGGGCUCCAGUGCGGCCUGAGGUGCCGCUGGAGGCGGCCCCGCUCCUCAGCCGACUUAAAACCUUCGGCAUUUCGCCAUUUUUCUCCCGGUUUUUAGGUGCAAUUUUGACAUGAGGAAAGGCUGAGAGAAUUGCGAGUGUUCAGCCAAGAGAAGAGAAGCUCCGGGGUGACCUAAUUGUGGCCUUCGAGUAGGUGAAGGGAAUUUACAAGAGAGAGGGAGUCUCCAAAAUCCACCAUGAUUUCUGUCUUCGAGCCCGAGUUCCUGAAUGUCAUCAUUGGGGUCGUGUGUGGCGUGUGCCUGGGCUGGGGCAUCCGGGGGAGGCUCCGCAGGAAGCCCGGAGCUGGAAUAAUUCCAGAACCUUCCAACGGCCUGGAGAGUGAGGCCGACGUCAUGGGAGAGUCCGGGGAGCUCAAGCUGGUGCUGAUUGUCCGCAACGACCUGAAGAUGGGCAAGGGCAAAGUAGCAGCACAGUGCUCCCAUGCUGCUGUCUCUGCCUACAAGCAGGUUCACAAAAGGAAUCCCGAGCUCCUGAAGCAGUGGGAAUAUUGUGGACAACCUAAAGUGGUCCUCAAAGCUCCUGAUGAAGAGACUCUGGUGCAGCUGCUGGCUGAGGCGAAGCGCCUGGGGCUGACUGUGAGCUUGAUACAGGAUGCUGGGCGAACUCAGAUAGCUCCAGGCUCCAGGACAGUCCUUGGGAUCGGACCAGGACCAGCUGAUGUCAUAGAUCAAGUUUCUGGUCACCUUAAACUCUUCUAAACUGGGAUGUGUUCAUGUAUGUCAGUACUGAAGGGAUAAAAAAUAUAAGUUGGGGGCUUUUUUUUCCGUAUCUUCCCUCAGUGUUAAUAAAACAAGCAAGUUUUGUAAGA